CACCACUCUGACACACUCUCAAACACGCUAAACCCCGACAGAUACACAAGCCAAAAACAGCAAGACGCAGUCAUGAAGGUGUUUAUGGUACUAGCCGUUGCAAUGCUGUCGGGUUGUCACGCCAACCUCUUCUAUGCUGAUGCACCCAAGCCACAGCUGGAGGUGCUGACUGAUGCUUUCUGGGACUACAUUGCCAAGGCCACCCAGACAGCUGAUGACACCCUCGAGAUGAUCAGAAAGUCUCAGUUUGGACAGGAAGUCAAUGCCCGUCUUGCAGAGAGCGCUGACAUCGCCAACACAUAUGCAGUCACUCUGCAGAAGCAGCUUCCCCCUGCAGCCCAGGACCUGAUGACCAAGGUCACUGCAGAGGCUGACGUGCUGAGAAAUGUGCUGACCCAAGAGCUGACCUCUGUCAGGGACAAGCUGGAGCCCUACACAGAGGAUAUGAAGGCCCAGAUCCAACAGAGAGUCGAGCAGCUCAAACAGGAGUUGGCCCCCUACGCAGACUCCCUGGACUCCGAGGCCCUGAGGGCCACCCUGAUGCAGAAGAGCGAGGAGCUGAAGAUCAGCCUGGAGCAGAGUGUGAAGGAUCUGCAGGCUCAGAUGGGACCCUACACUGACGACCUGAAGGUGAAAGUGGACCAGCAUCUGCAGAACUUCCAGGAUAGCGUGGCCCCCAUGACCGCGAAGGUCCAGGUUGAGCUAAGUCAGAGAGCCAACCUGGUGAAACAAAUGGUGGCCCCCUACGCUGAGGACCUGAGAGAAAAGCUGGACCCUUACGCCCAUGACCUCAGGGCCCAGCUCAUGUCCCUCUACCAGUCCUUUGUCAAAGCCAACUGAGUCAUCCUCCAUAAUCAACCUGCUCCAUCACUGACCUCUGUUUGAAGUGUGUAAUAAUUUAAAUAUCUGAAUUGUACUGUAAAACUAAUGAAACUGGGUGUAUACCCACGACAUAAUAUUUAUUGCUAAGUGCAAUAUUUGCAAAGCAAACCUCUGCACUUGUCAAACAUGUAAAUAGUUAGUUAGUUUUUAGUUUAGUUUUUUUGUGUUUUGUGAAGUUGGAAACUGUAAGAUUUUGUCAUUUCUGUAAGUUAUGAAAAAAUAAAUAGAUGAAUCUGGAAAAUGUGAA